AUGCUGUUGGAAGACAAAUUUUACAGCGUUAUAUUUGUUUUAGUUGGGUUUAGUUUUAGCGAAGUUGGAUCAAUAGCUUGCUACAGAUGCCACCGGUGCGACGAGCCUACGAACCUCAUGAUGUGUCCUCUCAGAUAUCAGAGGUCGGAGCGCAAACUGGUGAAAGAUCGAUUCUGUAUAUCCGACUCGAUACCAAACACGUGUCUAUUCGUCGACAACCCGCUUGAAUAUCCCAUCACUAUUACCUGUGUCUGCCCAACGGAUGCUUGCAACACGGAUCUCCUAUACUCCUAUUACGUAGCUACGAAAGAAGCUAUCGUCCAGAUAGGAGAACCGAAGAGUUAUAAAAAUCAGUCGGUGCUCAUAGACGAAAUUAAAAAUAUAAAGAAGGUGAAGUCGAAAUCUACAAAAAAAUUGCAUCACAGUCGAGUAAAUUUUACGGUUCGUGUUAAAAAAAUUCGUUUAAAUGGUACCUCUGCCACCACAAAAGUUUCGGAAACGACUUUGAGAAGUAUGAAACGCCGAAGAAAAACUACAAAAAGUGGUCUAGGUGUAGAGAAAAAUGUCGGUUAA